GCUCUGUUAUAAUUAACUCUCUAGUUUAACCUAAAGAACUGCAUCAAUCUUUUCAAAGAUGUUGACCAAACUUUGUUUCGCGGUUGUGGGACUUGCUUUCUUGGCCCUGACAGAGGGCGCUCUGUUUCACGGCUUUGAUUGUCCUGACAGCCGACAGGUGGGUGACACCUGGUACCAGGACGGCUGCUUCAAGUGCACCUGUCACGAGCAGGGAUACACCUGCGCUGGAUGUGGGUCCAUGAGCGUGAGACACGACAGGUCCCGAUGCUACCUGCUCACCGACGGGGAGGCCUACUACCCCCACUGCUGCCCCAGGCUCGUCUGCAGGGGGGACUCCGGCUUCCAGCCCGCCAAACUCAACCAUGAUAAAUAAAAACGACGUCUUCGUAAUUAAAUUUCUCAUUUUUAUUUGAGUACAAUUAAAGACGUUAUGUUGUUGUUUAUUUAUUUCCAAUUUUGAAUUUAUUAAAGAAAAGUAAUGAAAUAGAGAUAUAAUUGAAAAUAAUUAAUUUAUAAGAGAAAUGUAUUUUAAGUUGGAACUGGUUAUUAAAAAAAUUAAUAAAAUGGAAUUAGAUUGA